GGCUGGCACAGCACUGCUGGAGCCCGAGGCAGCACAACCGUGUCCAUGGCCCGCACUCCUCGCCACCGGCGCCUGGUCCUGCCGCUGCUGUGCCUGCUUUUCCAGGGCGCUACCGCCCUCCUGUUUGCGGUCUUUGUCCGCUACAACCACGAAACCGACGCUGCCUUAUGGCACUGGGGCAACCACAGUAACGUGGACAACGAGUUUUACUUUCGCUACCCAAGCUUCCAGGAUGUGCACGCCAUGGUCUUUGUAGGCUUUGGCUUCCUCAUGGUCUUCCUGCAGCGGUACGGCUUCAGCAGUGUGGGGUUUACCUUCCUCGUGGCCACCUUCACCCUGCAGUGGGCCACACUGGUCCAAGGCUUCCUCCACUCUUUCCAUGGCGGCCACAUCCAUGUUGGUUUGGAGAGUUUGAUCAAUGCUGACUUCUGUGCCGGUGCCGUGCUUAUCUCUUUCGGGGCUGUUCUGGGCAAGACCGGGCCAGCCCAGCUGCUGCUAAUGGCUCUAUUGGAGACAGUGCUGUUUAGUGUCAACGAGUUUAUACUGCUCAGGCUCCUGGGGGUGAGAGAUGCUGGAGGAUCCAUGACCAUUCACACAUUUGGGGCCUACUUCGGCCUGUUCCUCUCACGGAUCCUGUACAGAUCCCAGCUGGAGAAGAGCAGGCAACGCCAGAGCUCUGUCUACCAUUCUGACCUCUUUGCAGUGAUUGGGACCAUCUUCCUGUGGAUUUUCUGGCCCAGCUUCAAUUCUGCGCCCACAGCACUGGGGGAUGGGCAGCAUCGGACAGCACUCAACACGUACUACUCACUCACUGCAAGCACCCUCAGCACCUUUGCUUUGUCAGCCCUUGUCAGCAGGGAUGGCCGACUGGACAUGGUCCACAUCCAGAACGCAGCACUGGCUGGAGGGGUUGUGGUGGGGACAUCAAGUGAAAUGAUGCUGACUCCCUUUGGGGCUGUGGCAGCUGGCUUCCUGGCUGGGACGGUCUCCACGUUGGGGUACAAGUUUUUUACGCCUGUCCUCGAAUCCAGAUUCAAGGUGCAAGACACAUGUGGUGUCCACAACCUCCAUGGGAUGCCAGGGGUCCUGGGGGCCCUCCUGGGAGUCCUGGUGGCUUGGCUAGCCACCCAUGAAGUUUAUGGAGAUGGCCUGCAGAAUGUAUUUCCACUUAUAGCCCAAGGCCAGCGUAGUGCCACGUCUCAGGCCGUCUAUCAGCUCUUUGGAAUGUUUGUCACACUGGUGUUUGCCUCCGUGGGUGGCAGCCUUGGAGGGCUCCUGCUGAAGCUGCCCUUCCUGGACUCCCCUCCAGACUCCCAAUGCUUCGAAGACCAGAUUUACUGGGAGGUACCUGGAGAGCAGGAGGCCGAGGCCCAGAGGCCUCUGAGGGCAGAGGAGCCAGACACCCAGGCCUAAUUGCUGCCAGCAUGACACUGUCUUCAGAGGAGAAGAUGGCUCCUGCCAGGCAUGACACUAUUUUUGGAGAAGACAAUGGCUUCUGCCAGGAGGUCCUUUUCAGUCCUUGUUAACAUUUUGCAAGGAAGUCUAGAGCCAGAAGGGACAUACAGUUCCUAGGCAGAUCCCCAUUAGCUUGCACAUGUGGCCAGAAUAGGCCAAAGCCAGCCUAGGAGACUGUUAUCCAACUGGCCAGUGUUACUGUGUCCCAGUGACACCUGAACCAGGCCUACUCUGAGUGGGAAGCUGGAUGAUAAACAACACCAUCACCAAGGACUCUGACACCUUCUGUUUGUGCCUCUUCCCUUUAACUCCUGAGGCCAAAAUCUCGCAGCAGUCAAAGACCUUAGUGUUGACAAAGCCUCUUCGGAUCCACAGACUUCCAUUCAAGGUAUCACAUCCUACUAGGUGUAUGUCCCAACUAGCUCCAUCCUCUUCAGGGGGGCAUUAUUAUCUAAAAAGUCUGUGCCUGUUUUAGCCAGAUAAUGCUGCCCCCAGAUCCUUCCUGGUCGAUCCUUAACAGCUGCCCCGGCCUUCCACUUCUGAGCAGAAUAAGAAAAGGCCCAAGAAGGGCAUCAGAAGGAGUGGCCUGCCACAAAACCUCAGCAGGCGGAGGCAGCUGUUACCUGAUGCCAGUUCACAGUUCUGUCCUGAGUCUGUGAAUCCUCUAAUAGGGAAUCCUCUAAUGAGGCUAUGAGCUGUGGAUGAGGAAGGCACCUGGAUCCUGGUGGCCUAAAUCAUUUGGCCACAAGAGGGCACUCUAAAACCAGCAGAAGCUACCACCUCCAGGUCUCACCUAGGUCCUUGCAAGCUUCCUAGUUGCAUGAGGGUUGGUCCUCAGACAUCCAUGCCACAGCCCUUCCACAUAUCAGAUGAUGCCAGAGACUUCAUCGGUGGGAGCCCCCUUCCCAAAGGAGCUGGGACACCUCUUCCUUCCCCCACUUGACCUGCCAGUGGGCUUCUGGCAAAAGCUGAGCACAGCUACAGAGACAUCUACCUCCAAACUAAGGUUCUUCAGAGCUAGGAACCCAAAGAGGAAGUAUAUGUCCUGGGCCUUAACCCUCGGAGAAAGGUAAAGUUGCCUAGUGUUCCUGGGCUUUCCAGGUUCAGCUAGGGUCGUGGAGGAACAAGCUCUCCAGGGAGGAUUCUCAGCCUUCUCCCCACACAGUUCCCUGCCCAUUGCCAGUUGAGGAGGCCAAGAUUGAAGUAGAAGCUCUAAGUCACUGUGGAGAAGUACCUGGGAGAAUUGGGACCCAGCUCUGGAUGGGCCUGCCCUGCCCCCAGUUGCUUCCCAGACCUUUCUGGUGGCAGAAACCUGUGAACAUUCUUUUACUCAUGACACCAGGUUUCCAGUCUUGUCCUUUCUGCUGCUGGCUGGUUCUGAACUGCAACCAAGCCUUUUCUUCAGGCCUGAAAAUAAAUGGGCUCUUCCAACACUGGGAGAAGCCAUCUCAAUCCUGGAGAAGGGACAUUUGAGGUCUUUUCCAGAUAAGGCAAUUUCUCAGUCAGCUUCAAGUGGGCAAAAGGCUGCUAGUCCCAGGAUGGCCUGACAAAAGGUCACUGAGAAGAGAGACAAGGUGAGGAUACUCAUGAGCUGCGCCCUGUAUAUAUUGUCACCAGUGAGUUCUAAGUUUCAUCACUGCCACAAAACCCUCAAGUGCACAGUGACACAGAUUCUACAACCAGCCCUGGCACCCUGGUCCUGCUGUUCUGGGGACUCUGUCCAGGGCCUAACUCUUUAAAACUACACCUUUGGUUUUUCA